UUUUCCUAUUGUUGGACGAUGCUGAAAAGUCUUGAAGCUGGAUUUGAGUGUUUUGCGAUUUUAACGUUAUAAUUAUAAUGCAUUUGCUUCUUGCUUGUGGAGUCACGUGUUUUUCCUUCUCAAUUCAGUGGCAUAAACGUCGUUUUCAUUGAAAUGUUUAUUUCCUAAAAUUUUGGGUUUUGAGUGUGAAUUGCGCCCAUGAAUGAAAGCUUACAAAAUGCUGUCGAAGUCCCUACUACCGCAAAUAUUGGUCGCGGUGGAAUAUAUUCAUUCAUAAUAUAUUCUGUCUGCCCUUCAAUAAGGAAAGCCUUCCUUCAGACUAUCGAUUUAUUGUUAUCGAAAAACUUUAGAUUAAUUCAAACGUGGUUCAGGGGUUCAGAUCCCAGUCAAAAUGGACCACAAUCCCCGAGAUCCUUUGGGUUAGUUGUAUGAUCAUACAUUUAGAAGCGUGGAAAAAAUGAAGCAUUGUUUAUGAUUAUGAUGACUGGAAUAGUAAAUAUUAUUUAUCUUUCCUUUUCUUGUAUGUUUGUCACAUUAAUCAAUGGUGCUUUAGCUAUCAACCAUUUUCCUUAAUAAUGACGUGAUCAACUAACUUAUAUCAUCUUUAUCAUGGUGACAUAUCUGUUUAACAACCCAUCAGUAUGAGAUGGCAGUACUAUCUUUUCCCAUGUUUGCUUUUUUUGAGUUUUACGGUUGCUUCAUCAAAUCUAAAUUCACAUUUUCUACCUCUGAGUUUGUUAAUAGCAUUUACCGGCUCCUAUUGCCCUUUGGUUUCCCACCAAAUAUGUGAUUUUGCAGUUUCACGACUUAACAAAAAAUGUGAUUGUGCCUUUUCAGUUGUCCAAGCCGCUUGGAGAUUGAUUUGCAUGCUCAUCGUGUUUGAAGAGUUCGUCCAUCUAGCAAAAUGAAGGGCCGUGUAACAUGGGAUGAGGCUAACAUUGAAGAAAUUGAGGCAAACAAACCUGUGAGGCAGAAAAUUACUGAGCCUAAGACUCCAUAUCACCCUAUGAUUGAUGACGAUGAUUCUCCAACUCUUCAAGGAAGCUUUGAUUCGUGUAUUGACAAUAACAAUAUCACGGUGGUAGCUGAAGAUGGGGCCUCUUGUAGUAGAAACAGAACUGGACAAUCUAGUGGCUGGACGUCUUCUGAGGACGAAUCAGACGCAAUGGAACAAGAUGAUGAAGAUCGGAGCCUCAGGUUCAAAGAACACAGAAAAGCUCACUAUGAUGAAUUUUUCAAGGUCAAAGAGCUGCGGCAAAAGGGUUCUUUGCUUGGGGAAGAAAGUGAUGAAGAUAACAUGAAGCUUGGUGAUAAGGGGAAUUAUGACUCAACAUCACUUAGUGCAAGUGUGGAAGGGAUAGACAUUAAUGGAAAGAAAAACUCAGACCCUGCACCUAGCUAAUGAUUUUUGGAUGAUGAUCGUCUAAUAAAGCUCACCCCUGUUUUGGUCUUUUAUUGUGUGGAUACGAAACAACUGUACGGUUCAAUUGUAUCUUGGGCACAAUAUGAUUAUAGACUUUCAUUCUUCAUCCACAAUGAUCAUUGAUCAUCUAAACUAAUUCGAUCUUUUGCAAUCUUGUAAUCUAGAAAAUAUGUUGAUGAGUCUUGAUGCGAACUCAUAAGCAAGAAUUUUUAGGCAAUUUGUUUGUGGGUGUUAGAUUGUGCUCUAAAAUGAUUCAGAUGGGGUGCCUGAAUAUUUUACGGCAGGUUUAGAUCCUGUUUUUAUCCUCAUGUAUCACUAGCACUUAAAAAGCUAUAUCUAAUAUUCUCUUUUAUCUAC